CCUAUAAACUCAGAUCCCAUCUAUAUCUUUUUCUUCCUCUCCUCAAUUUUCUCUUACCUCAUCAACCAUUCUUACUUUUCCAGGCUCCCUCCCUCCCUAAAAACCAUCGAUUCUUCAAAACCCCCUUUUUCUUCAAAAAAUAAUUAAAGAUUGUCAAGAAUCUUUAGUAUAAUGCGAAAGCAGCAUCUUCAAGAAGCUUCGAGGCCACAGCAGCUGCCAUUCACGGCCGUGAGGCCUCCCUUCGGGGAUUACCACCAGUUCGCCACACACUCCCACAAACUGACUUCUCAAGACGUUGAAGGUAUCUUGGUGAAAACUCCGACAUUGAAGCGUAAGACAGAGACAAUGAGUCCUGCACAUGCAUUGGGCGAUGAGAAUGAAGUUUCUGUAUAUGCUCUCAACAGCCCACUGCAAACACCAGUGUCAGGGAAAUUGGGAAAGGCACAGAAAAUAUCCAGGACGUCGAAGUCUAAUAGAUAUGUAUCUCAAACUGCUGCAAUCGUUGGAUCUCCUUCUGGUUACAAUACCACUUCAGUUGGCACAUGUCGGUAUGACAGCUCCCUAGGUCUAUUAACGAAGAAGUUCAUUAAUCUUAUCAAGCAAGCAGAUGAUGGCACUCUUGAUCUGAACAAGGCAGCUGAUACAUUAGAGGUCCAGAAAAGGCGUAUCUAUGACAUAACAAAUGUACUGGAAGGCGUUGGUCUAAUAGAAAAGAAUCUAAAGAACAUAAUUCAGUGGAAGGGCCUAGAUGUGUCAAGAACGGAAGCCCCUGAUGAGAGUGUUAUGAGCUUACAGACGGAAGUGGAGUGCCUGACUUUGGAGGAGCAUAGAAUAGAUGAACAGAUCCGAGUAAUGCAAGAUAGACUGAGGGACCUGAGCGAAGAUGAAAACAAUCAAAGAUGGCUUUUUGUUACUGAAGAGGAUAUCAAGAACUUGCCUUGUUUUCAGAACGAAACACUCAUAGCGAUUAAAGCACCACAUGGCACGACCUUAGAAGUUCCAGAUCCUGAUGAGGCCGUUGAAUAUCCACAGAGGAGAUACAGGAUAGUUUUGAGAAGCACCAUGGGUCCAAUCGAUGUUUACCUGGUCAGCCAAUUUGAGGAAAAUUUUGAGGAGAUGAAUGGUAUUGAAACACCACCCACCAUCCCUUCAACCAAUGAAAAUUUAACUGGAGCGUUAGCAAGCGAGAGAAGAGAACAUGAUGUUGGCAUGACAGACAGGUUAUCUCUGGAUGUGGGUACAUCGCAUGACUUUGUGUCUGGGAUCAUGAAAAUUGUUCCGGAUGUUGAUAAUGAAGCAGAUUACUGGCUAUUGUCGGACGCUGAUGUUAGCAUCUCUGACAUGUGGACUGAAUCUGGAAUUGACCUGGGCACAAUCAAUGAAGAUUGCACCGUGGAAACUGUUGUUACUACUACUCCCGCCUGCCUAAACUCUGACGGGUGAUGCUAUUACUGAGCCACAGGGCUACCUUAGAACUUCUCUGAUGUUCGGGGGUGUGAUGUUGUACAUUCUACUAGUGGAUGAGUUUGAGAAUAUAGAUGAAGAGUUUCAUUGUUGUAUAGUCUAUGUUAGCUGGACAUAUAUGUAAUAAUAAUAAUAUCAAUAAUAGAAUAUAGAUGUUAAGCACUUAUUAUCCAGAAUUUGGAAUAGUAUUUCUUCUUCUUUAGUCAUGUUUCUAUCAUCUACAUACUUGAUUAGGCAAGUAAUAGAUUGCCCUCUGUCAACUAUUAAUACAAGGGAAAUUGUACAAAUAUACCCAUGUAGUAUGUGACUAUGUGUGUGAGAACAAAUAUAUCUCUGUUUUAUUUUUGGAACAAAUAUACUCAAUGU